AUGCCCGUCGUGUGCACCUCCUGCGGGUGCAAGAAGAACUUGGAUCGCUACAAGUGGUGCAUGCACUGUUGGAAGCCGCUCCCCAAGGUGCAGUUCGCUGAGCCGUCUGCUGCUGUUGGCGCUUGGCGCCGUGGUGGCAAGACUGGCGGGAGCAAGAGCAACACUGCAGCCACCAAGCCCUUGGACGGUCAGCGGGUGGAUGCCUUCGCCGCCAUGUCCGAGGAGCACUACGCCUACACCGCGCUGCUGCUCACCCACAGCCAGUGCGCUCAAGUGGCAGCUGUGCGUGCCCAGCGCAGUGGGGACCCACACGCACUCUCCAAGGCGGCGCAGCAGGAGCACGGGCAGCUCAAGGCCAAGCUGGCCGCUGUUGAUAACAAGUUGUCCAAGGCAGCCAUCGUCUUCCAGAAGCAGCUGCAGCGCGUUGUGGAGCUGCGCCUGGAGCAGAAGAGCCUGCAGGAGCAAGAACGCCAGGUUGCUGACCGCUCGAGGCAGGCCUGGAUUCAGAUUGCAGGUGAAGUGCCACAGGGUGAAGCUGAAGCACCGGAACGCAUCAUGUUCCAGCGCUUCCAGCAGCUCGACCCCAGCCUGGCCAUGCAGUUCAACCAGCUGUUCACCGCCAAGGCGCAGGCCGAGCACCAGCAGGCUGCGCAGCGCGUUGCCGCCGCACCACCGCCAGCCGUGGCGACUCUGGUGCUACCAGGUGACAUGGCCAGAGCAGCUCCAGUUCAGGAGGUAUCUGAUCAAGAGAGCGAAGCUGACACACCACGCGGUGACGACGACGUGGACUUCGGUGACAGCUGGGCUGACGAGGCGCGCAAGGCGGCGUCUGUCGAGCACGGCAUCAUCGCGUCCCUGUCCAACACUGCCAUGGUGGACACCAUCGCCCCGCACAACGGAGCCCAGCCCGAGCAGGUGCAGGCGGUGCUCAACGACGUGCUCGCCAGCGCAGGGCGCACUGUUAGGCGGGCUUGCAAGCCGGCUGCGGUGCCCGAGCGUAGGAACAAUUCGGAGAAGCAGCAGGCUUGGGCGUCUAGCAUCAACAGGCUCCACAAGCUCUCCAAGUCCCAUGUGUUGCCCCAAGAGGACCUCUACAUCUCCUGGGCCAACAUCUUGGACAACACUACUCAGGACCUUUCACCACUCUCUGGGCUGCUCUACAUCGGGUUGGAGUUCGAGCUCGUUCCCUGGAUCUCUGGGGUUUUCCUGAAGGCACUGCCGCAGCACCGUGCGUACGUGCGCUCGGUCGUGAUUGGAGCACAGUGGCCAAUGACGAGGCAGUGGAAAGCUGGCUACCCCGUGGACACCAGCUGCAUAGCCUGCCUCGCCGCUGGCUCCAUCGAGCUAGGCACGCCCGCGCACAGACACUGCAGCUGCGCGCAGCACGCCCUGCAGUUUGAAGAGCCGCAUGUCUCUGCUCUGAUGUGUGGCCCGCUUUUCUCUGAGUUUCCCACCGUCGAUGAGGCAGAGUUGACGGUGCGGGCCAGGCUCGAGGAUAGGGGUUUUGACGGUUCUGAGUUUUGUGAGGCGGUUCGUUUCGUGAAGGUGCCUGCCCACUCCUCGAGCGCGGACGCCCGAUCGGGGCGCGUCACGACUCGUGACAAGUUCGGCAACGACAUGGCCGACCGCCACGCCAAGUGGGCGGCCCAGGCCGUCCGUGUGCCGCCGCCGCAAUCUGCCGCCGUCGCUUCCAGAAUCAAGGUUUUGAAGUCCUGGGUGAAGUGGGCGGGCAAGGUGGGUGAGGGGCACGCCGGUGGCCUGUGUGGCGGCGGCGCCUCUCAGAGGGCGGGGCGCGCGUGCCGGGCCGCGGGCGGCGCCAUGGACGUGGAUGCAGGCAUGCAGGUUGCGCGCGCCGCUGGUGUGGACGGGCAGCCCGGCUCGCCUCCGCCGGGGACGAUCCAGUCUAUGUUCGCCAAGGCAGACGCGAAUGACGAGCACACCCCGUCGCCGGCGUCAAAGAAGUCUGCUGCCUCGAUGCGAAAGGGCAAGCAGCCCGCCCAGAAGGCCAAGGCCAUCGAUCGCGGCUCGUUGAAGGCCUUCCUGAAGGUGGAGAAGCGGCCCCGCUCCCCGUCGCCGAAGGCCGCGCCGCCGCCGAAGAAGCAGGCGCCGCUGACCUUCCAGCGCGUGGCCGGCCCGUGCCAGGGCGAGAGGUCGAGGCCCGCGGAGCCCAUGGUGAUCGACAGCGGGGACGAGGCCGAGGGCGCGCCCGCGCCUGCCAGCACCGCGCCCGCCGACGGGCCCAAGGCCGAGGCGGCCGUCUCGGGCGCCGAGCGCGCCGCCGCCGGCAGCGCCGCGGGCGGGCCGGGCGCGGAGGAGGACGUCGUGUGCGUGGCGGCGCCGCCCCGGGCGGCCAGGAAGGCCAAGAAGGGCGGGAGGAAGGCCGCUGCGCAGGUGUCCGCGCAGCAGAUGGCCGCGGUGCAGAAGAAGCUCGCCGCGCUGCAGGACGCCAGCCAGGAGGAACACACGGAGAUCUGGGACCUCGCGGCCCGGUUCCGGCAGUUCCUGCAGAGGGAGAAGAGGGUGGCCGAGGCCCCAGCCGUGGAGCUCGAGAAGGUGCUGUGCGCCCUGUUCGAGGAGGACGAGAAGUCCUUCGAGGCCAUGGCCAGCCCCCGGUACGCGGGCAUCGUGGCGCUCGUCGUGACGGACCAGGAGGAGAAGGGCCUCCGCGCCGAGUGCCUGCGCCUCUACCAGGAGUUCUGGCCGCAGCGGCUGCGCCACGGCGGCGGCGGCGGCACCCCGCGCUCGGCGCUGGCCUCGGAGUCCACGAAGUACGAGGCGAAGGUGCGCCACACGCUCGGGCUCUUCCCGGACUGGGGACUCGUCGUGCGGAACUCGCGCCGGGGCCAGCUGGUGACGAUCACGGCGCCGGACGGCAGAAAGUGGCACAGCGCCGAGGAGGCGAAGGAGCCCAUCCGCCUCGAGCGGGAGCGCCGCGUGGCGUCCCUGGCGCAGAGGUCGCAGGCCCUGCAGGACGAGCACGCGCCCACGCUGCUGGCCAUCAUCCGGCGCGAGAGGGCCAGCUUCGUGCUCCGGGACGGGGGCUCGGGUGCGGCGGGGACGCUCUCCACGCGGCGCCUGGUGGGCGUCUUCGUGCAGAGCCGGGAGGCGGUGAACGGGCGGCCCGCCUUCGAGCGGUGCGACCAGUGGCUGCGGUACACGAAGGA